AUGCUUGAACGUGUGUUGCAAAAUCAAGAGAAGUCUGACACUUCUAUGAGGAAUAUAACCGAGAUUGUUGAUUCUCAUACCGCAUCCAUACAAAAAUUAGAGAUGCAAAUGAGAGAUAUUUCUAGGGAGCAAAAUCCAAAGCAAAAAGGGACACUUCCAAGUGACACAAUUGCGAACCCCAAGGGUAGAGGGAGUGGUCUAACUUCUCAUGUCAUGGCGAUUACUACUCGAAGUGGGAAGGUACUACAAGGAGGGGGUGAACAAGUGGUUGAAGUAAAAGAGUCCGAACAAGGGGUUGAGGUUGAAGAGCCAAGUGUUGUUGAAAUUGAGAAGAUUCCGGAAGAUGUGCAAGUGCAAAAAGAGAAUCGGGAAGGGGUAAAGGAAAAGGUAAAAGAGACACCAAAAACUCUUCCACCUAUUCCUAGACCUCUUCCUCCAUUCCCUCAAAGACUCACUAAGAAGGCUGAUGAUAGCAAACUCGAAAAGUUCUACGACAUUCUCAAGCAAUUAUCAUAUUUGAAAGAUUUGAUCACCAAGAAGAAAACCACCAAAAAUGAUGUGGUGAAUGUGACUCACCGGAUUAGCUCUAUCAUUGCAACAUCCACCGUUCAAAAGAAAGAAGACCCGGGAGCUUUCACCAUUCCUUGUACCAUUGGGGUACAUGAUUUUGCAAGAGCGCUUUGCGAUAAUGGAGCUAGCAUCAACUUGAUGCCUCUUUCCAUUUACAAGAAAGCAGGAUUAGGUAUGCGAAGGCCCACAAGUAUGAGAUUGCAAAUGGUCGAUCGUUCCAUCAAACGAUCGGUGAGAAUUGUUGAUAAUGUACUUGUGAAGGUGGGAAAAUUUCAUUUACCCGCCGACUUCGUAAUCCUUGAUUGUGCAGUUGACAAAGAGAUUCCUAUCAUCUUGGGGAGACCAUUCCUUGCCACGGGAAGAGCACUAAUGGAUUCGGAACGGAAUGAGAUCAGAUUCCGUGUGAAUGAUGAAGAGGUUACAUUCCAAGCAAGCAAGGGUAUGAAACUACCGCAUGAGUAUGAAAUCAUCUCGGUGAUCGAUGUUGUUGAUAAAGUAGAGGAUACGGUUGAAAUGAAAAUGGAAUAA